CCAACAGGGGUGUAAACAUAAAUCCAUGUGCAUGCAAGCAAACAUGACUGAUGGAUUGGCCUAUUUGUCAAAGCAUCAGCUGCAACACACCACUAACUUCUCUGUCCACAAGACAGCGCUAUGCAGGCUUGUUGCAUCACACUGUGAAUGACAUGCUGGUGUGACUGUGAGCUCAGCCAGCUCAGGCCAUAAGGCUCAGCAACCAGCAGGCUGUUUGUGUAUUGUGUGGCAGUGGUGGGCAGCGCACAGUACAGCACAGGGCAGGCCCGAUGGAUUAGCAUGAUAAUGGGGAGUCAGUGAGUGGAGAGAGGGCUGGUAUAAAAGAGGGGGGUGCAGAGUUUGAUCUCUGUCACAGUAGCGCUCAUGACCUCACCUUGCGUCUCUGCUCCGCCUCCAAGCACUCUUGCUGACUGUGGUUUCUCUCUAUUCUCUCCUCCUCCCUCCUCCUCCUUGUCUUCCCUUGACUCAUCCUCCUUGUCUUCCCUUGACUCCUCCUCCUCACCCUGCCCUUCCUCCUCCUGCUCCUACUCCUUCUCCUCCUCUCUGUCAGCAUGGAUGACAACAUAGAAAUCCACACCUUCCUGUACUUUGCCUACGGCAGUAACCUACUGAAGGAAAGGCUCCAGCUCAAGAACCCCUCCGCUUCCAUCCACUGUGUGGCCAGGCUCAAGGACUACAAGCUGAUAUUUGGGAACUACAAGGGUCUGGCCAGUGACCGCUGGCAUGGGGGUGUGGCGACCAUCGAGAACAGCCCAGCGGACGAGGUGUGGGGAGUGGUAUGGAGGAUGAACGUGGCUGACCUCGAGUCUCUAGACAGCCAGGAGAACGUGAGACUAGGGGCCUACAGCCCUGUGGAGGUGAAUGUGAAGACUCGGGGCCAAGAGCUCAACUGUCGCACCUACAUCAUGAACAGCUGUAUUUACGCUCCACCGUCUCCACAGUACCUCAAGGUGAUUUUAAUGGGGGCGGAGCAGAAUGGCUUGCCAAAGAACUACCAGGAGAAGCUGAGGUCCAUCGAGACCAACAAGUAUGAGGGCCCACUGCCUGUCAUGGCUGAGCUGGAGCGGAUUAUGAAAAGAGCUAAGGAGAGAGCCAAUCACCGAUCUGACGCUUAACAACACCUGAAACAAACUGCCAUGUUUAGGAACUCAACUCCUGGUAGGACAAUUGAAGCAAACUUCUACAACUUCCACUGUCCUACCAAGAGUUGUUGAAUAUCUUCUCAUC